AUUUCCGGAGUGUUCUUCGUCCUCCGACCGCUGUGUGAGCUCAGCAGCAGCAGCAGCCUGGAUGCGCUUUGCAAUUAGACGAGGUUGGUGGACAUGAACCUGGCAAUGCCUCGAUCACGCGCUCUCCGUUGAAGAGCUCGGGUGUGAUGCCGGUUGAGCUUCAGCACCCUCCCCUCGGAGCGCUUCGAUUGCACACCGACUGCGGGGGGGAUGUUUGGUGUUCAAGGAGGUGUGAGGGAGAGGUGAUUGAUGUGGAGGCGUUGGAGGGCGAGGUGGAGGGAAGUGGGAGGCCUAGAAGAAGGAGAGGAGGCAAUGUGGAGGGGGACGACGAGCGGAGGAGCGGUGCUGGAGGAGUUUUGGAGUGGCAUCAAGAACGGGUGGGAGUGGUGUCUUCGUCCCCACCUUCCUCUGUAGCAAAUGUUCAGGAGGCGAAAACAGGGAAGAAAAAGGAACCCGUAAAUGUACAGAAUUAUGGAGGGCUUCCUCCGACAGAGAAGGUCAAAUUGGUGCAUAAACCUCGAACCAUGGAGAUCACAUCACGGUACAAAACCGCAACUAUAGCUUCUCCUACUUUAACCACACCUGCCAGUCGCCGUCCCUCACCCCUCAGGCAAUCAUCCCCGUCAUCUCGCCAAUCGUCUCCAGCUCGAAAUCGGAGCUCCAGUUCUGGUUCCAGUAACGGUACAAAAGGAGGUUUAGAAAGUCACCUUCGCCAUCCAUCUCCUAACACGGGGCGUAGUACCAAUGCACCGGAACUCACAAAGCGUGCCUUUUCAACGGAGAGGACGAGACGACCAUGGCCUGCUGUCAUUCCAUCGGAGAUCAAACCAGUCUCGACGGUCUCCUCAUCGGUCGGACUCGCUUCCCUCACCAAAGCUCGUCCGCAGUCCAGAGGCCCUGAAUUGUGGCCUUCCAUGUCUGUAGUCAAGCAGAGUGUGGACACCAACAGCGAAAGUGCGAGUGAUAGGAGUGACUGUCAAUCAGAGGGGGGAAAGGAGAAAGAUUUAACUAACAAAGUUUCAAAGCACACCCCAAAAUCUACUGGAAGCGGAACUGUGAACGGAAAUAUAUCUGGGUCUCCUUCUCGAAAAGGUUCCCCUAUGCGGCGUCAGAGCAUCGUUCAGUCCGAGAAUGCGCGACCUACAGAGAAUUCUCAUUCCAAACCAGACCAGCAGAGAUGGCCCGGGAUGAGUACAGGGAAGAUCUUAAAUACAUCCAUGAAUAGGAAUUCUGAUCUUGGUGUGGAGAAGGAACGGCCUCUUGCUCGAUCUGUGGCAAUGACAACACAAAGUCGUCCAGGGACCCCUUCUUCACGAAUAAAGGCCACCCUUUCUCGCAGUUAUAGUCGAUCUGGUGACAGUGAGGGGCCUGUUGCACCGUCUGGUCAGGUAGCGCUAAGGCGCAACCCUACUCCUACUAGAGGUGGAGCGGGGACGACAGGGAGUGCAGCCCGGGAACCUGUGAUCAACAAUAAUUGCAGUGGUAACGCCGAUGCUGCCCAUGUAAGUGGAAAUGGCACAGGUGCAACAGACCACGCUACACAUGCCCGCCGACUUUCACAGGAAUCUGUUGCCACAGUCGAUUCACUUUCUACACCUGCUGAAACUAUGUCGGAUGUUGAGAGCGUGUCUUCGGCUGGAUCUGUACCCGGAAGUCGAAAUGUUCGGGGAACCACUGUGCCUGCUCGUGUGUGGCAGGAUACGAACACCAGAUUACGACGGCUCUCUGAAGGGGAGCGAAACCGGACAUCUGACGCAGCUGAUCUUCCAGCAGUUGCCAUUGCCCCUGUGAAGACAUUCAGGCGCAUGAAGGUAUUGCCUCACCAAUCUGCUGUGAGUUUGCUCAUGAAUCAGAGUAUGAAUCAAAGCAUGAACGGGAGCACGACAUCUGCGUGGGCGCUCUCUCCUGGUCGGAUGUCAGGUUCUGUCCCAUCAACCCCACAUCCACCUUCUUCACCUUCACAUUCGAAGGGUACGUCACCGCUAAGGAGAUUGCCUAGCCCGCAGAGAUCACGACCUGUGAAUGUAGCAGCUGCAGCAUUGGCAGGCACUGCUCGUAGUUUAGGAAGUACCACAUUGAACUUCGGGAUUGAUGGUCGAAGUAGAGGGAAGAAGGCUUUGACACAACAAGAAGAAGUCCAGCUCCUGAGAAUUCUUCACAAUCGGUGGCUACAAUGGCGUUUCGUGAAUUCACGAGCUGAAGCAGUUAUGAGUUCGCAAAAAGCAGCCGCCGAGAGGCAGCUGUUCAAUGUGUGGGUUAAAACAUCGGAGUUGCGCACUUCAGUGGCUAUGCAGCGUAUUAAACUCCAGCAAGCACGGCAGGCUCACAAGCUCCGCUCUAUACUGUCCACACAUGCAACCUAUUUGGAAAAUUGGAAAACCUUAGAGGAGGAGCACUCAAAUGCACUAACGGGAUGCAUGGAAGCCCUAGAAUCUGCAAUUUUGAGAGUCCCAAUGACAGGAGGUGCCCGGGCCGACGUGCAAGCCAUAAAAGAAGCUCUUAACUCAGCUGUAGAUGUGCUCAAUGCGAUUGAAGGCUCUGUCCAUUUCCUUUUACCUAAGACACAGAAUAUGGACGCGCUAUUAUCACAGUUGGCAGAGACAGCAGCACAAGAGAGGGCUUUGCUAGAGGAAUGUGGAGAUCUCUUAUCUGUAGCUGCUUCUUUGGAGGUGGAGGAGCGUAGCCUGCGCACACAUCUGAUCCAAUUGGAAAACGAAAGACUAAGAGCUUCAUGAAGCCACACCUGCAGACCUUGGAAUAAGGAUGUCUAUCUCGUCAUACCUGUCCACACCAUCAGGGUAAUCUCGUGUGCCUGAUUACUCAAAGAUCAGCAUCGAUCUCCAAUCGUGCUCGCCCUUGCUUAGGAGAAACCUCCCCAGCUCGGACAAAUGCAAGUUUACAAGGAUGAGAACCCGACUGCGUGAGCUUCUUCUGCAGAUGGAUUUGUGUAGAGAAACUGGAAAGUGGGUUUGUAGCCGGGUCGCUUUUCGAAACCCAUCGUCCGUCUAUGAAGCUGAAGGCAAGUGCCGGAAAUGCACGCUCCUAUACUGUUUGGCCUCACCUUCGCCAUUCAGAACAGUAUUUAUGUGACUUACGCCGAUCAACAUAUGCCGUUCUUCCGUGAGUGCAGGCUUUUAAGUCGUACUUGAGUAAGAAUGCCAUUCUUACUGUCGCUUAUUGCAAAAUAACUGUUUUCAAACUGAAAAGACAGUAGAGUUAUUCUUGCCCUCGCUGUAUUGCUGGUUGCUAGAAAGAUUCUCAUAUCAGUCAGGCUUUGCGAAUGACCUAAAUAGUGCCACAUAUCUCCGUUCUUUGCAAAGAACGCCAGGUGAGGAGCCCAGUCUUUUCUUUCUGUUUUUAUUUAGCAGUCUUGUGCUCUCUUGUGUACAGUAUUAAUUUACUGGGUCCCUGUUUUUGCACUUCUUGAGCACACCUACGACUUUCUAAAGCAUCCAAGUGAUGUGGUGUCCUUGGAAGGGCGAUGAUAAAGUGACCAAUCCUAUGAAUUUGAUAUUUUCUGUUGAGUUCCACAUGAAAUUCCAAACUCAAUUUCCAGAGGA